CUUUACGUUGAUGGUUUUACGGGAGUAGUUGAAGUCUCUACGUUGUGCCCUGGAAGAAAGGCGGUUGGCUGCGUUUUAAGCUAUUUUUGUUUCUCGCUGGACUUUUUUUUGGAGGGGAAACAGCUUUAAGUUGUAGGAGAUUUUAAUCGGGUAGAGAUCCAAAGUUGUCAAAAUGCCUGUUUUCCACACGAAGACGAUAGAAAGUAUCCUAGAGCCGGUGGCUCAGCAGAUAUCCCAUCUGGUGAUAAUGCACGAGGAAGGUGAAGUUGACGGGAAAGCUAUCCCAGAUCUAACCGCGCCGGUGGCUGCCGUUCAGGCGGCCGUUAGCAACCUUGUUCGGGUUGGAAAGGAGACUGUGCAAACAACAGAGGACCAGAUAAUGAAAAGGGACAUGCCACCAGCCUUUAUCAAAGUGGAGAAUGCCUGCACGAAGCUGGUUCAAGCUGCUUCCAUGCUGAAAGCCGACCCAUACUCUGUUCCGGCUCGGGAUUACCUCAUCGAUGGUUCUCGGGGCAUUCUGUCAGGGACAUCUGACCUGCUCCUGACUUUUGAUGAAGCAGAGGUCCGCAGAAUAAUACGUGUGUGCAAAGGCAUCUUGGAAUAUCUCAGCGUGGCAGAGGUGGUGGAGUCGAUGGAGGACUUGAUCACAUACACUAAGAAUCUGGGACCAGGCAUGACAAAGAUGGCCAAGAUGAUAGAUGAGCGCCAGCAGGAGCUUACACAUCAGGAACAUCGUGUGAUGCUUGUCAAUUCAAUGAAUACGGUCAAAGAGCUGCUGCCCAUCCUCAUCUCAGGUAUAAAAAUCUUUGUUACAACCAAGACGUCUGGCAGCCAGGGUGUGGAGGAGGCCCUAAAGAACCGAAACUUCACUUUUGAGAAGAUGAGCGCUGAGAUAAAUGAGAUCAUCCGAGUGCUGCAGCUUACGUCCUGGGAUGAAGAUGCUUGGGCCAACAAGAAGGACACUGAGGCCAUGAAGAGGGCUCUGGGACUGAUUGAUUCAAAGAUGGCUCAAGCUAAAAACUGGCUGAGGGAUCCAAACGGUCCACCAGGGGACACCGGCGAGCAGGCUGUCCGUCAGAUCCUGGAUGAAGCCGGUAAAGUUGGUGAGCUCUGUACUGGGAAGGAGCGCAGAGACAUCCUGGGCACUGCCAAGACUCUGGGACAAAUGACUGACCAGGUGUCAGAGAUGAGGGCAAGAGGUCAAGGAGCAUCCCCGACUGCAAUGCAGAAGGCCCAGCAGGUUUCCCAGGGGCUCGACGUGCUCACCGGCAAGGUGGAAAAUGCUGCUCGCAAACUCGAGGCAAUGACCAACUCCAAGCAGGCCAUUGCCAAAAGAAUCGACGCUGCCCAAAGCUGGCUUGCAGACCCUCACGGGAGCCCAGAGGGACAGGAGAAUAUCAAGGCCGUCCUUGCUGAGGCCAGAACGAUUGCAGACAUGUGUGAGGAUCCCAAAGAAAGGGAAGAGAUUUUGCGCUCUGCUGGAGAGCUGGCUGCCAUGACCGCCAAGCUGUCUGAACUCAGAAGACAGGGUAAAGGUGACACUCCUGAGGCCCGAACUUUGGCCAAACAGAUAGCAACAGCCCUGCAGAACCUGCAGUCGAAGACCAACAAGGCUGUGGCCAAUAGCAGACCUGCAAAGGCAGCCGUUCACUUGGAGGGGAAGACGGAGCAGGCGCAGCGCUGGAUCGACAACCCCACGGUGGACGACAAUGGUGUGGGCCAGGCAGCCAUCCGUGGCCUGGUGGCAGAGGGCCGCCGGCUGGCGAACGCUCUGCAGGGCCCGUACAGGCAGGAGCUGAUGGGGAAGUGUGAGCAGGUAGAGCAGCUCAUGGCCCAGCUGGCUGACCUGGCUGCCCGUGGCGAAGGGGACUCCCCCCAGGCACGGGCUGUGGCUCAGCAGCUCCAAGAUGUCUUGAAAGACCUGAAAGGGAAGAUGCAGGAGGCAAUGACUCAGGAGGUGUCUGACAUCUUUAGUGACACCACUACACCCAUCAAGCUACUGGCAGUGGCUGCUACAGCCCCCCUUGAUGCACCCAACAGAGAUGAGGCCUUUGAGGAUAGAGCCGCCAACUUUGAGAACCAUGCCAACAGGCUAGGUGCCACGGCCGAGAAGGCGGCUGCAGUCGGCACUGCAAACAAGAGCACGGUGGAGGGAAUCCAGGCUUCCGUCAAGUCGACCAGAGAUCUAACACCACAAGUGGUGUCUGCUGCUCGUAUUCUGCUGAGAAACCCUGGCAACCAAGCAGCAUAUGAACAUUUUGAGACUAUGAAGAAUCAGUGGAUUGACAAUGUGGAAAAAAUGACUGGUCUGGUGGAUGAGGCCAUUGAUACCAAAUCUCUGCUGGAUGCUUCUGAGGACGCCAUAAAGAAGGACUUGGAUAAAUGCCGUGUUGCCAUGACCAAUCACCAGCCACAGAUGCUGGUGGCCGGUGCUACCAGCAUCGCCCGACGAGCCAACCGCAUCCUUCUGGUGGCGAAACGAGAGGUGGAGAACUCUGAAGAUCCUAAAUUCAGAGAAAUGGUGAAGGCUGCGUCAGAUGAACUGAGCCAGACAAUUUCUCCCAUGGUGAUGAACGCGAAGGCUGUGGCUGGAAAUAUUCACGAUCCAAAUCUUCAGAAGGGCUUUUUGGACUCAGGUUAUAAGAUUCUUGGAGCUGUAGCAAAGGUCAGGGAGGCCUUCCAGCCCCAAGAGCCAGACUUUCCUCCACCUCCUCCUGAGCUGGAUCAGCUCAAUCUCAAUGAUGAAGCAGCACCUCCCAAGCCUCCUCUUCCAGAGGGAGAGGUUCCUCCACCCAGGCCUCCACCCCCGGAGGAAAAAGAUGAGGAGUUCCCAGAGCACAAAGCAGGAGAAAAAGUCAACGAGCCCAUGAUGGUGGCUGCCAGGCAGCUUCACGACGAAGCCCGCAAAUGGUCUAGCAAAGGAAAUGACAUCAUCGGCGCCGCCAAACGAAUGGCCCUGCUCAUGGCAGAGAUGUCUCGUUUGGUGCGUGGAGGCAGCGGAAACAAGCGUGCCCUGAUCCAGUGUGCCAAGGACAUUGCCAAAGCCUCCGAUGAAGUCACACGGCUGGCUAAAGAAGUGGCCAAGCAGUGUACCGACAAACGGAUCCGGACCAACCUGCUCCAGGUGUGCGAGCGCAUUCCCACCAUCAGCACUCAACUCAAAAUCCUUUCCACCGUCAAGGCCACCAUGUUGGGCCGUACCAACAUUAGUGAAGAGGAGUCCGAGCAGGCGACUGAAAUGUUGGUCCACAACGCCCAGAACCUGAUGCAAUCUGUGAAGGAGACUGUCAGAGAGGCAGAGGCGGCUUCCAUUAAGAUCCGGACAGAUGCAGGUUUCACCCUCCACUGGGUCAGAAAGACCCCCUGGUACCAGUAAGAGACGAGCCAUCAGUCCUCUGCUUGGUGCUGGUUCUGCCCAGCUGUUCACGGGGAUUUUGAAUGGACAGACAUAUGCUUCAUCAAAGCAACAAUAACACUGCCCAACAUCCAUAUAUGGGCAAAGUUUCUUCAUCCUAUGUCCUGUCUGUAACGGUUGCUGUUCUCUUAUAAUAUAAAACGGUGGAACUAUUAGUUCGAAAUAUAUUUUGGAGGUAAUUAUAAAUCAUUGGAAUAUCCAUAUUUAUAUAUUGAUCAGAAGUUAGAUUUCAUAGAAUAUGAGGCUGAUUGAUUGUUGACUUUUCUAGACCUAGACCACAUUAAAUUAAAUUGAACUAACGAUUUCUGAGGACAGUUUUAGAUCUUUAUACUGAAUAUUUAAUUACAAUUAUUACUUUUGCUUUAAUUGGAUAAGCACAUGAAGUUGGGGAGUUGUUACACGUACAGCAGAGGUAGUUGCUCAGCGCAGAUGGAAUAUAUUUAGUGACAUUCUGUACUAUAAGAAGUGAAAGAGAAAUGCUCAUCUUUAGUACAUGCUGUAGCACAGCUGUAGCAGUCUAGAGUUCUGCCAAAGAUAUUUCUACCAGUCUGUUUAAUCCACAAUGCAUAUUUGAGUUGACAUUUAGGGAACAAGUCGUCUCAUUUGACUCAUUAGAGUCAUUCUAGAUGUGUUUCAUACAUUGCAUCAAGAUCACCUCCAUUAAACAGCCUUGUCCUACACUAUGUGGCAUAAAAGCUGGGUUUUUUUUCUUCCUAUUCCUACCAUGCUAUGAGUUCGAAUAAAACUGCCUGCUGAUCUUUUGGUUUUGCCACACAUUCAUGUCUUUUUUUUUUGUGCACAAUUCUUGUAAAAUAUAAAUUUCUAUUUCAGAAAGAAUGAGCAUCACUUCAUUAUUAAGCACAGUACCUUAAGCCGUUAAUCUGUAUUGUCUCGAUACACUAAACAGAACUGAUCACCUUUUGUGGCAGUUCUAUAUUAGCUACUUUGAAAUGUCUGAAGCUGAUCUUUUUUUUUUGUGUGGAGGUAUACUUUAAACAUCUUACAGAAAUCGAUGUGCCUUGUUUUGCUAUUAAUAUUUUCAGUUUCAGAUGUUUUGUAUUGUUUGUACAAGCUGUCAGUGUUCAUUUGCUCAGUACUUAUUGUACAGGAUUCUUCUUAAAAGCCUUUUUCCAAGUACUCACAUGAUACUCUAUGCAAACCAUGCCCUCAUCCCUAAAGUUAUGCAACCUGGUUGGGUUUAAAUGCGUCUAAAAGAUGAUUUUGCUUUAGAAUCGUUCACAAUUUUGUAAUAAAGCAUUUUAUAGCACUUGGA